GACGACGAAGCGUGCCAACCUGCGCGAGGCACGCACAACCCGAUUCCACAGCGGACUUGGAGCUCUCUGCUCAGCGGCACGCCGGGGAGGGAGAUCCUUCACAUGGGGCGUGGGGGAGCACCGCUCUGUACGCGACAGCCUUAUUAGAGCCUUGUGUAACAACAUCUCAAGAUGGCUCAGGUGAUGCCCCCCGUCGAAGACCCGGCAGUGGCUGAAGCUCUCCCGGACCUCAUACAGUUCGGGUUCCAUGACCGCAAGGAGUCGCAGGUUACGCUGGACGGAGAUUCUGAGGACGACGCCGCCAUCGUGACGCUAGACGACGGUUCCGUCUGGAAACCCUAUUGGCAACCAUCUCACGAGGCCAUUAGGGCUUCAGGAGAGCACGCCCUCGACCUCAAAGAGCGUGUUACAACCCCUAGAUCUAUACGGGAAGAUGUUGGGUCGCCAGACAGCCUCGACGUCGAUCACUUGGCCAUCGAUCCAUCCUUCGCAUCUGAAAAGACGGAACCUGUGGGAGAAGUCGGGGACUUCCAACACGACGCGCCACGCAGCGAGAAGCCAUCACGUGACCUAGCAUCACUUGUCUCAGACGUCCAUCCAGCAGUACCUCCCGUUUCUGAAGUAAUACUUCCACCUCCACACCUUCAAGUUCAAAAAACGCAGAACAUCUUUGAUGAUAAACCCGAAAGGACGUCAAGCCCGUUGAACAUGCACGGUCUCCAGCACAGCGCGGCAGACUUCACAAGACGUCUCAUAUUUCUAGAAAGGAGUCAUUCCAGUGACAGCGACACUACUCAUAAGAAUUGUUUGUCGGAACAGACCGGUGGCCUGUCUACUAUUCCGGAAGUUUCUGAACGUGACUUCAAGAACUCACUGGGCACAUCGAAACUUAGCAUGGCUGAUAAGUCUUCAUCGACUACUUCACUGUCAGCUUCACCGAAGUCUUCGAUGUCAGGGAUGGGAUCCGGACAUACUCCGGUCACGCAUGAACUGCGCUUCCUUUCUAACUGUGCGACACAGACUGACUUGUCCGAUGUGGACGCAUCUACGUCGACAGAUCUGCGGUCCGAUACAAAAAUACCUUUCCACAAACUGUUGGUGAUGAUUAUGAGCACAACCAUGACGUGCGUGACCUGCGUCUACUUGUUUUAUGUGCUUGCAUUGUACUUGAAGGCUUUGUACGAGAGUGGCUUCAAGCAAUAUCUCGGGCCUUUAUAGGAGUACAUAACUAAAUUGGGCUCUUACGAGCCAGGGAAAUUAUACAGUUGUCCAAGUUGUCCUUGAAGUAAUUGCACAUAAAUAUUUAUUUGCUUG